CCCGGGCGAGGAGGCGGGUGCGGAAGUGGCUGGCACUGGCGGGCGAGCGGGCCGCGCAGCCGGAGGGGUGGGGGCCAGGAACCAACGCAUUUGCCAGGCUGCUUGGACAAAAUCUGCUUCCUUGAAGGUCAUGGCAAAAUCUGGAGGAAAAGGAGUGAAUCUGAAGGACAAACUGGAAGGCAAUGAGUUGGACUUAAGCCUGUGUGACUUGAACGAGGUGCCAGUUAAAGAGCUGGCAGGGCUUCCAAAGGCUACUGUUUUGGACCUGUCCUGUAACAACCUCACUUCUUUACCAUCAGACUUCUGCAGUUUGACCCACUUAGUGAAAUUGGACCUCAGUAAAAAUCAGCUUCAACAGCUGCCACUGGACUUUGGUCGUUUGGUUAACUUGCAACACCUGGACCUUCUGAACAAUCGAUUAUCUAUCUUGCCAGUCAGUUUUGCACAACUCAAGAACUUGAAGUGGCUGGAUCUGAAGGACAACCCACUGGAUCCCACACUGGCUAAAGUAGCUGGGGAUUGUUUGGAUGAAAAGCAGUGUAAACAGGCUGCCAUUAGGGUUCUGCAGUAUAUGAAGUCUAUCCAGUCUGAGCUGGAUCGUGAGAAGCAACGGAGGCUACAGGCAGAGCGAGAACUGGAGAAGAAGCGUGAAGCAGAGCAACGAGCAAGGGAAGCCCAAGAGCGGGAACUGCGGAAGAGGGAAAAGGCUGAAGAGAAGGAACGCAGGAGAAGGGAGUACGAUGCUCUGAAAGCUGCAAAGCAGGAAACAGAUAAACAUAAAAAGAAGGAAAAUGGUGAGAAUCCAAAACUCUCAGUUUCCCGUUCAUCAAAGCAACAUCAACACAAACGUUCCUGGUCUAAAAUCCUGCUGAAGAUCCUCUUAUUCCUGCUCCUGAGUGCCCUCAGCACGUUGGUGAUUUGCAAGGUUACAGAUCUGCAGCACAAGUCUGUGUGCAUCAGUGUGAACAUGCUCUAUGAAGACGCGCUCACCGUUUUGCAGCGUCACAGAAUCGUGCAGAAUGUCCUGCAUCCAAACUCACAGCAGUAAUGUUGGCUCAGCCCCGCAGGACCCUUCCAUUGUCAGCAUCUCUUCCAACCAUUUCUGUGUCAGCACAGCCAGAAUUCCUAUGGAAUUGUGCUCUGGUGAAAAUUGCCUUUAGUCAUUCAGCAGUGGCGGCCUCCUUCAAGCAGAACAGAAUCACUGCCCAGUUCCCCUUACCUGCAGCGGCUGUGGCUAAUUAGAACUUGUUGCCUUUUCUAUGCUGCAAAAUGCAGGCUGCUUGCCUGCAGAAGAGAAAGGAGGGCCAAUAUGCCCAACAACGGGCCUUGUUCUGAGAGACGGUCUAUUGAUCAUCUCUUACAAAAGUUUUGUAUAUGUAGUAUCUAAAUGUUGUAUCGCUAUAGGGAACAAACACUACAUGGGAUGGCUUGAGCUACCUGUACAAUGGAGAGUGGAAUCGAUGUGCUAAAUGUUAACAAUAUAUAUUUUUACUCAA